AUGUUUCCCAAGCAUACCCGAGUCUAUGUCCUUCUUCUAUUAUGGGAUGGCGAAAACCCGGCUUUGCGUAUUUUAACUGAAGUCCACGAACUAGGCAUAGUUCUCGCUUCGAUUUACGACUUCGAAGUUGAGAUCUACCGGACACCUAACAACGGAAGUCACAAGAAGCUGAAUCGGAAGAUCUUGGACUUUAUUGAACUAGGCGACGACAAUAAGGAGGAUCUGAAAUUUCCAUGUUGGACUAGUCGUUCAAACCAUCGAGCUCCUACUCGUAACAUGGUAAAAUGGGGCGGUAUCCAAAACUCACUAAAAGAAGCACAACCCGACGUCCUACUUUUACUCAAUUGUUGUUCCUCAGGGACUGCAAACAUAGGCGUCGGACACGAAACCACAGAGUUUAUCGCCGCUUGCGGCUUCAACAAUCUUGCAAGUGGCGUUGGGCCCGAUUCGUGUACUUAUGCUCUGACGAUAGAACUACGUUUGUUAAGCUUAUAUCCGAAAUUUACCGCCGCUAUGCUGUCCAAUGGAAUACCCUGUCGAAUUCAGAACUAG